AUGUCCACGCCUACAGGCAACAAUGCCAAUUUCACUGGCAAAAGACUCAAUGUGCUUGUUUACUCCGGUUCGCUCACUUACUCCGCAUGGCAACUCAGCCGUUUUCUGACCGACGACUUCUCGACAGGAAACGGAACCACUGUUGACUCAGUCCGCCAUUGUCUCUACACCCUCCGCCGCCUCCUCGCUCCCCACUAUGCCGUGAUCCCUGUGACGGGGGACAUGCUCCUGAAAGAGCCAUGGAUGGCCACUUGUGCGCUGCUGGUCUUCCCCGGGGGCGCGGAUCUGGGAUACUGCCGCACGUUCAAUGGCGCGGGGAACAGGCGCAUUGCACAAUUCGUUCGCAAUGGUGGCAGAUACUUGGGUCUUUGUGCUGGAGGCUACUAUGGAUGCAAGAGCUGUGAGUUUGAGGUUGGCGAUAAGACUAUGGAGGUUGUUGGGGACCGCGAAUUGGCGUUCUUCCCCGGUAUCUGUCGUGGCGGGGCAUUCCCUGGCUUCGUUUACCAUAGUGAGGAGGGUGCUCGUGCUGCGGAGAUGAAAGUGUCCAAGGAGGCUUUGAGCAUUGGUACUGUGCCGGAGCAAUUCAAGUGUUACUACAACGGUGGCGGAGUGUUUGUUGACGCGCAAUUGCUUGCGGACAAGGGUGUCGAGGUUCUUGCAAGCUAUACCGAGAAGCUUAAUGUCGAUUCCGGGGAGGAUACGGCUGCUGUCGUCUACUGCAAAGUCGGCGAAGGAGCUGCAGUCUUGACAGGACCUCAUCCUGAAUUCGCGGCUGUCAAUCUCCACCCCAAGGCAGGCGGGCCUGAAUACGCUGAAAUGGUCGCCGCUCUCGCCGCAGAUGAUAAGGCACGGACAGACUUCCUGAAAGCCUGUCUGUCUAAGCUUGGGCUUGAAGUCACACAGGAGACCUCGGCAGUGCCUUCACUGUCGUCCAUGCAUAUGUCUGGUAUCGAUGCUGAUGGACCUAUGGACAUUCUGUCAGGCCUUGGUAAGGACUUCACGAAUGAAGGUCGAACCGAGUAUCUCAAAGACGAGCAUGAUAAGUUCCGCAUUGAGCGGCCUGGAACAUGGAAUCUUGGUGACCUGGAGGAAUCGCUUCCGACGGAGUCCUCCACGCCUAGUGAUGGUAUCGUCGACUACCAAGCGAUCAUCAAGCGUCUUGUAUUCCACGACGACAUUCCCUCUUCAAAGCUUACCCCAUACUUUAACCACCACGCGUUCUAUUCCAACCUCCGUCAGUAUCAGACCGAGUCCAAGGGAGACGCCACAUGCUUUGGCUCCAAUCUUCUAUACGGAGAAGUUGUGACUAGCACAAACACGAUUCUCGAAAAAAACACCGCUCUCCUCCGUCAACUCCCCCAGGGCUUCACAGCAACAGCAACCAGCCAAGUCGCCGGUCGCGGCCGCGGUUCAAACGUCUGGGUCUCACCCGCCGGUUCCCUCAUCUUCUCAACUGUCGUCCGCCAUCCAAUGGAGAAGAUGCAGUCCGCACCAGUAGUAUUCCUCCAAUACCUCUCAGCAAUGGCCGUAGUACGAGGCAUCAAAAGCUACGCCAAGGGCUAUGAAAACAUCCCCGUGAAACUAAAAUGGCCAAACGACGUCUACGCCCUCGACCCCGAAGACCCAGCCCAAAAGCGCUACACAAAAAUCUGCGGCAUCCUAAUAAACAGCCAUUUCAUGUCGAACGAAUACAUCUCAGUAGUGGGAAUAGGCCUUAACGCCACAAACGCCUCACCGACAACAGCACUGACAACCCUGGCUGCCAAAUACGCGUCGCCGGGCAGCGCAGCCGCCAACCCCGUCACGCUGGAGAAACUGCUCGCGCGCAUCCUGACGACCUUUGAGUCUCUGUAUACGCGGUUCCUGCGUACGGGCUUUGACCGUGGAUUUGAGGCGCUGUAUUAUGAGGAUUGGUUGCACAUGCAUCAGAUUGUGACGCUUGAAGAGGAGGGUGGGGCCAAGGCUCGGAUUCAGGGUAUCACGCGUGAUUAUGGGCUGCUUCUUGCUGAGGAGUUGGGAUGGGGAGAUCGGCCUACUGGGAGAGUUUGGCAGUUGCAGAGUGAUUCUAAUAGUUUUGAUUUCUUUAGAGGCUUGGUUAAGAGGAAGGUUUGA